AUGACCACACCAACGGCCACGGCCCUAUACGAAACAGUGGCCAACAUCCUCAAGGAUGCUUCGCCCCAACAGGUUCUUCAAUAUGUCGUCCCUCUCGUCGCGGCAUAUCCUAUAUUGGCCUCGCUUCUUCGAUUUCGGAAUAUGAAGCAAAUACACAAGAAAUACAACUAUUCGACGCGGGAGUCCUUUGCCCGAAUGACAGACGAGGACGCCUUUGAAAUACAAAAAAAUCUAAUCCAAUAUGAAUUCCCUUUUUUCUUUACGAAGGCCUUACAGUUUGCACUUUUCAGAACAUAUGGCAUCCCCACCAUUUCCCGGGUCCUGACUAAAACAAGCCAAUUCUCCGGCGCGAGUACUUAUCUAAAGCGCUAUACAGACACCAGUGCCUUGGUUCAGGAAUUUGUUGGACAGGCGCCCUCUGCAGCACGCGGCCAAGCAGCCCUUGUGCGGACUCGAUUCCUCCACAGUGGUUAUCGGAGCUCAGGCGCUAUUCUCGAUGAUGACAUGCUAUAUACCCUGGGCCUAUUCGCCGUUCAACCAGUCAGGUUCAUCCAGAAGUAUGAGUGGCGUGAUCUCACCGAUGUAGAGAAGUGCGCUAUUGGCACUUUUUGGAAGAGUGUGGGUGAUGGGUUGGAGGUAAGCUACGAUGCGCUUCCCUCUGGGAAGACUGGUUUUCGGGACGGCCUCCAAUGGCUGGAAGAAAUCAUGGCCUGGAGCGAUGCCUAUGAAGAGAAGUGCAUGGUGCCGGACGAGAAAAACCGCGAAGUCGCCGAUCAAACCACAGCAGUGCUAGUAUACUUGGUUCCAAAGCCAGUCCAGCACAUUGGAUUCAAUUUUGUGUCAUUCAUGAUGGAUGACCGACUGCGCAAGGCUAUGUUUUACGACGCACCUCCAGCAUCAUAUGCCGGGUUUUUUCAGUUUGUCCUGUCGGCCCGCCGAUUCGUCAUGCGUUACCUUGCGCUACCUCGCCCGUAUUUUUUGCGCCACACAACUUUCACUGAGCGCCAAUCCGUAAACGAGCGUAUCUUUAUUACUCAAUGGGAUGGCGCGCCUUACUACGUCAAGCCAACUAUUUGGAAUCGCUGGGGCCCGGCAGCCUGGUAUACCUGGGCGCUUGGCCGCCCGCUUCCAGGAGAUGAGGGUGACAAGUAUUAUCCGGACGGCUACUACAUUGCUGAUGUCGGACCUACAAAGUUUGAGGGCAAAGGCCGGAAAAAUCAGCAGGAAGGAGAAGAAGCCCUGAAGAUCUCGCGAACUGGCGGAUGUCCAUUUGGUUAG